AAAAUAUUUAUUCCGCUUACUAUAUACACUUGUAGUUAUCAAAACUCUAUCUUUCACUCUUUUUAUUCACUUUUGAAAUGACAGAAACUAAAAAACUUCGUAUACUUUGUCUUCAUGGAAUGGUGCAAAAUGCAACUGUAUUUCGUAAAAAGACUUCAGUAAUUAGAAAGAAACUUGACAAGAUCGCCGACAUGGUCUACGUUACUGCACCACAGAUGACAGUUGAUCCUCAAUAUACUUCAGAAGCCCACAGAGAAGCAGCUGCGGAUGAAAAUGCUCCUGAAGAGGCAAAACCAUUUGCUUGGUGGCAUCCUUACAAGAAUGACGAUAAAAACCUUACAGAAGAUGGAUAUUAUCGAGGAUUCAAAGAGUCUGUUGCUUACUUAAAGGAUUUUAUGCAAAAAGAGGGACCCUUUGAUGGCAUCUUUGGAUUUUCUCAGGGAGCAUGUCUUGCUGCAGUCAUGCUUGUUGGACUUGAGAAUCGCAGUAAUUUACCGCUCUUUAAGGAUCUUAAUCACCCCAAUUUUAGAUUUGCCAUGCUUGCUGCUGGCUUUAAGCCUUCGAGUCAAAAGGCUACACAAGACUUUUGGACACACAAGAUAAAUACACCAACACUACACAUGAUCGGCAUGGAAGAUAGCUUGAUUACGCCAGAAAUGCAGCAGACUUUGGUUGAUCAAUGUGUUGAGCCCAAUGUUAUUCGACAUAAUGGAGGUCACGUUGUACCUUCCAAUGCACCUUCGAGGAAUGAAAUCUUUGCCUUUGUCUCAAGAUUUGUAGCAUAGAAUUAAAAUUUAGAAGAGAGAAAUAUAGACUUUUGAUGCUCUCAAUCCAAGAGGGAAAAAAAAGACUGAACAUGUUGCUAGUUUACCUAUUCUAAUGCCUUUCUAUUGCUCUCGAAAACUUUAAGCAUUUUAUUGUAUUUUUAACUUUGAUGAAAUAACGUUCGCGAGUGACCUUGUAUAUAUUAGCUUUUGAGACUUUUUUUUGAAAACAGAAAAGUGUAUCAUAUCCUGCUUAUCUCCAUGUCGCUUGAUCUGUACAUCUUCAGCCUAGUUACUUAUGAUCCAUAGUCAGAAUAUAUUACCUUACCCUGCUUCUCAUCUAUCAAUUUAGAAUAGCAACUGUUGGUUAUUGACUCUUAUUGUUCUUAUUAUAAGCAUCAACAAUAAGUAUAAUAAUG